AUGGGAGUGUUAGUAUCGCUACCUGUAAGUCUCGGUGCAUCGUUUAUUUCGUCGUUUUUGGGCUCGUGUUGUUCUACAGCUAUCAGCAGUAUAUUUAGUUCAGUGAGUGGGGCUUCAUCCUCUAUUGCUGUAAGAAUAUUAUAUGCAGUCGGUCUUCUAAUUAACUCACUAAUAUCAUGGAUAGCAAUAUCUGCAAAUAAAUCAAUACUGUGGCCGUCGAAGACAUGCACAGCUACAGGAGAAUGUGGGUUCUUUACAGUCCACAGAUUAAACUUUGCACUAGGUGCGAUGCAUUUACUUUUAUGUUUUACACUAUUAGGUGUAAGGUCUACAAGGGACCCCAGAGCUAUGUUACAGAAUAGCUAUUGGUGGGUGAAAUCAAUAAUAUAUUUACUUUUUGUGAUACUCGCGUUUUACAUACCAAAUGGGUUCUACGUAGUAUUUUCAAAAUAUGUGAGUGUUCCAUGGGCAGCACAGUUUAUAUUGAUAGGUUUGGUACUACUUGUUGACUUUGCACACGAAUGGGCGGAGACUUGUAUCCGACAUGUGGAGGAAGAAGAUGAACAUUCCAAAUUUUGGCAAAGAUUCCUAAUAUACGGGACAGUGUUAAUGUAUGCAGUGAGCUUUGUUAUGAUUAACAUCAUGCUCUUAAUGUUCUGUCACAAUGGAUGUACUAUGAACAUAGUCGCUGCUGUUGUUAAUAUAGUAAUGAUAAUUUUUACUACUGGUGCCUCGAUAUACCCUAGUGUGCAGGAAUUCAAUCCGAGGAGCGGACUUGCUCAAAGUUCUAUGGUCACGAUGUAUUGCACCUACUUAACACUAAGUGCAAUGGCAUCUGAGCCUGAUGACAGACAAUGUAAUCCUUUAGUCAGAUCCAGUGGUACCCGCAGGGCGUCUGCCAUUCUUGGAUCCAUUUUUACAUUUAUCGCAAUCGCAUACACAACCACCAGAGCCGCAGCUAAUCCCGCAUUCCACGGAGGUAGUAGUGGUGCCGUUAGCUUAAAUGGCGAUGAUGAAUUAACAUAUAGUGGUGCUGGUGGGUCUAGAAGUCAAAUAAGGCGAGAAGUUCUACGGGAAGCUGUACAAGAAGGUUCACUACCUGAAAGUGUAUUGUAUAGUCAUCCAUGGGCGCAGAGCAACGAUGACUUUGAUGAUGAUGUAGCGGCUGAUGAAGAACACUAUUCAACGAAAUACAGUUAUUCAUUAUUCCACUACACUUUUUUUGUCGCUACCCAGUGGAUUGCGAUUUUACUAACGACAAAUAUCACUCAAGAUGAUGUUGGGGACUUUAUUCCAGUCGGAAGGACUUAUUUCUAUUCCUGGGCGAAAAUCAUUAGUGCAUGGAUGUGCUAUAUCCUGUACAGUUGGACAUUAAUUGCUCCAGUUGUGAUGCCAGAGAGAUUUAGCUAUGACAUUUAG